CCUAACCAUUUGUUCAUCAGUGCUCUAUUCAUCAACACCAAGGGAGGAUGUCAGAUCUGGCUCAGCCACAUGGCAACCAUCCACGGCGUCCAGGUUUCAGACCUGCAUAAGAAGGUCACCUGGGAGGAUAUGGCAAAGGAAUGGAAGAAGCGGUUCAUAGUGGAUGACGCACCUGCGCUCGCCAUCAACCGCAUCUUCGCGAUGGCUCAAGGGAGCACACCGACACGUGACUGGCUCGCGGAUUGGCAGAAGAUCGUGGCCACGCUCGAUCUGAACUUGCCAUUUCCGCAUCUGCGCCGUGAGUUCUACAACAGGUCAUGCGCCGCUCUGAGCCUCGCACUUGGUGAUCGCGAGCAGUACCACACUUUCGCAGAGAUCAUCAACAAGGCGAGAGAGAUCAUCAAGACCAACAGCUCCGCGGAAGGUGAGGCGACUCCACCUUCCACUCCGUCAGAUUCGGCCGCCUUGCUAGCAUCCUCCUGCACAUCUGGGGAGGAUGCGAAUGUCGCAAGUUCUCGUUACUCUUACGAGGACUAUGCUGUCUACUUGGUUCCACCGCUGGACCAGCCGCUCCACGUGCAACAGUCCACCGCAUGCACGGUUUCAUCACCAUCGGCAACCGAUUCGGCACCUUCGUCGCAAUCUAUCACCGGGGAUUCGACGUCAUGGUCAAGACUUGAUGAGCUCGACCCGUUGACGUUCACAGACUUCCAGUGGAUGCCCGUUCCCUCGACUGGACGAUUGUCGAAACCGCAUUGCAAUGUGCUCAUGGCACAACUGCGGGACUACUUGCACACUGCAGUACCAGCUCCGUUGAUGGACGACGGAGUAGAGGUUGUCAACCUUCACGAGUACAUCGCGAAGAUUGAGCGCGAGUUCAAGACGCAACGGUACGACGACAUCGACACACCAUUGCUAUACAUACGCAUUGAGAACGGUGAGGCGACCUGUAGUGCCUUGAUCGAUUGCGGAGCAUCUCGCAACUACAUCAGCCAGGACUUCAUGGUGCACGCCGGCCUUGGCCCACGUGUCCGCAGGAAGUCCCAGCCUACGCAAGUCAAGUUGGCAGACGGUCAUACGCACAAGUCAAUCGACCGGUGCAUUGACGCCGUCCCCGUGUACUUUGCCCCUCACGCAAGUGAGGCGGUGUUCUUUGACAUUCUGGACACCAAAUUUGACAUGAUCUUGGGCAUGUCAUGGCUGCGAAGCGAGGAUCACCCGGUGAACUUCUUCAACCGCACCGUUCACAUUCGUGAUCGGACCGGAGUACUAGUUCCAUGCACGGUGCCUCUUCCUCAUCCUUCUAUCAAGUGCCACGUGGUAUCCGCCGCAAGCAUGCGAGCAUCCAUCAUCAGAGACGACAUUGAGGAGAUGGGGGUAUGUUUUCUCCACGCCCUCCCGCCCCGAGACGCUUCAUCGACGGGCUCAUCUUCGGAUCCACGCAUCACCGAGCUUCUGGACGCUUACAGCGACGUGUUCGAAGGCCUGCACGGAGUAGUACCGGAUCGGCCCAUCCGCCACGAGAUCAUCCUCGAGGACGGGGCCGUACCUCCGCGCGGCUGCAUCUACCGAAUGAGCGAGGAAGAGUUAAGUGUGCUCCGUGCACAACUCGACGAUCUUCUAGAGAAAGGUUGGAUUCGGCCUAGCUCAUCGCCAUAUGGUGCUCCUGUCCUCUUCGUCCGGAAGAAGAACAAGGACCUGCGGUUGUGCAUCGAUUAUCGCAAGCUCAACGCGCAGACGAUCAGGAACACUGGCCCUCUCCCACGCAUCGACGACCUUCUCAAGCGAUUGGGCGGCGCCCAGUUCUUCUCUGAGCUGGAUCUCAAGUCAGGGUACCACCAACUCGAGAUUCGCAAGGAGGAUCGCUACAAGACCUCGUUUAAGACACGGUAUGGGUAUUUCGAAUGGCUGGUCAUGCCGUUUGGCCUUACGAAUGCCCCAGCCACUUUCCAAGCGGCUAUGACAACGGAGUUCCGACACAUGCUGGAUCGGUUUGUACUCAUCUACCUCGUCGACAUCUUGGUGUAUAGUCGGAGUUUGGACGAGCAUGUGGAACACCUGCGCACCGUUUUGGAGCGGCUACGACAAGCCAAGUACAAAGCAAACCGCGACAAGUGCGAGUUCGCACAGCAGGAGCUGGARUACAUGGGACACUAUGUGACGCCGCAAGGCAUCCUGAGCAGCACGAUCGGACGAUGGAUGUACUUCAUCGACCAAUUUGACUUCACACCGAAACAUCUGCCCGACCUCUCAAAUCGCGCAGCAGAUGCACUCUCGCGAAGACCCGAUCUUUGCGUUAUGACACAUCAUGCCUUCGCAUUCGACGAGGAGCUUCAGCGACACUUUAUCCGGGCGUAUCAGUCUGAUCCGGACUUCGGCACGCUCUAUGCACARCUAUCUUCGGAUCACCCGCCGGCCAGCCAUUACCGCAUUGCCGACGGGUACUUGCUCCUCCACUCGAGAGGCAAGGACUUACUAUGCGUCCCACGCGACCGUUGUCUUCGGACUCGCCUCCUUGGCGAGUAUCAUGAUUCACGACUCGCCGGCCAUUUCGGAGUCAACCGCACUAUUGCACGGCUUAGACAGCGAUUCCGAUGGCCCGACCUCAUUAUCGAUGUCACUCGGUAUUGCGACUCUUGCGAAGUUUGCCGACGCAGCAAGCCCCGCAACCGCAAUCCCUACGGCGAGUUACACCCGAUGCCUAUCCCACGGGAACCCGGUCUCUCCAUUGCCAUGGACGUCACCGGUCCGUUUCCUCGCGACCGUCUCAGGCACGACGGCAUCCUCACGGUUGUGGACCGAUUGAGUAAGUACGCGCGUUUUCUCCCUUGCAAGUACUACUCCAUGGCUCCCGAGCUGGCACGCCUCCUGCACACUGGUUGGAUUUGUGGCCACGGUGUACCAGAAGACAUUGUCAGCGACCGCGACACUCGUUUCAUGUCGGCAUUUUGGAUUGCUCUCAUGCAGGAGUCCGACACAACAAUGAAACCAUGUUCGGCUCGACAUCCUCAGACAGACGGGCAGACGGAGCGGGCAGAUCAAACCGCUCAAAUGAUGCUUUGUACGCUCAUUCGUCCGGACCACAAAGAUUGGGUUGACCGCCUCCCCGACAUCGAGUUCGCCUACAACACUUCGGUGCACCCGGCGAUCGGCGUGACUCCAUUCGAGUUGCGCCACGGUGGACGGAAAGGCCGCAUCUUCGCCGACCUUCGCCUGCCCCGACCAGCCGACAUUGACGCCGCUUGCUCCCCCGCUUCCGUUCGGAAUUACAGGGACUUGCUGACUCAAGCCCGCRCAAAUAUGCAAAAGGCUCAAGUUCGCAUGCAGCAGCAAACCAACAGGCGUCGCGUACCAUGUCCCAUCCAUGCCGGUGAUCUGGUUUGGGUCUCCACGGAAGAGUUUGCACUGGAACAGGACGUUUCACGCAAACUGCUUCCCAAGUGGUUUGGACCUUGGUCUGUGACAGCAGCCGCGGGCGAUGAGCCCGAUGACCCUUCAUUUGUGCUCAACAUUCCAAAGCAUCUGACGGUCCAUCCGGUCUUCCACACCUCGAAGCUGGCAACAUACACGCCAACCAAGAGCGACGACUUUUCGGGCCGACGAUCGCAGGACCCUCCUUUUAUGGAUGGCCAUCAGGAAGUUGACCGCGUCAUCACCAAUCGCAAGUACAGCAGCAAGCCGCGGCAGUACAGAGUCACAUUCAAAGCAUGCGAUCGUGACAACACUCGGUGGAUUUCAGGAGCAGAUUUGAAAGCAUCCGCACCGCUGAUCUACGCUCACUAUGAACGUCAAAGGUUAGCCAAGGGACCUCCACGACCUGCCCCUCCCACCCGGACUGUGGUCCCUCCCUCAGACAGACAGCUUCGCCCUCGCAGGUAAGCUCGGUCUUUCAAGGAGGGGGGGGUGUGGCAKACUGCGUAGCCACACGGGCCCUGUAGGACCCGUCCUGGACAUUCAGCCUU